AUGAAUCGCCGUCUCAAGAAGAACAUUUGUGAACUUUCAAGCCAUGGUAUGCUCCGAACUGAGAUUGAUCAAGCAUCCAUAGCAAGAGCCCUACCGCCUUCACUUCAAUACGCCUGUCAUUAUUGGAUUCACCAUCUUGCCCGCAGUUCAUCGCCAGAUAAGAUCCUAGAACUAGCCUUUACCUUCCUGGAAAAGCACUUUCUUCAUUGGUUGGAGUCUAUGAGCAUUUCCGGAGUCAUGUUCGAGGUGCUCAGUGCAGUUAAUACACUAAUUGAAGUGACUGAGAAUACGGUCAACGAGAAGGACUGGUCAUUUCUAAUAGAUGCUCGGAGGUUUCUCCGGGAAUUCACAAGUAUCGUCGACAAGGCACCCUUGCAGCCGUAUAGCUGUGGCCUGAUAUUUACACCAGAAAAUGCGCUGAUCAGACGAACUUUUGAACUUGAUCCUGCUCAUUGGUUAUCUAGAGCUCCAAUAGUGGGAAAGGACUGGAGUCCGGCAAUACAAAUCUUAGAAGGUCCUAAGGAGGGAGCUAUGUCGAUUUCCUUUCCACUAGAUGGACGUCUAAUGGUGGCGGCGUUUGAAGAUCACAGUAUCAGUCUUUGGGAUCCUACCAAUGGUGAACAAGUCCGUACUACAGCCAGUUUGGCAAUGAAUCCGAGGCCAUCUCACCUGUGGGAUCCUACGAAUGGCGAGCUGAGACGUACUCUGAAGGGUCACGAAGACUUUGUCAUAUCACUUGCCUUCUCACCAGACGGCAAGUUACUAGCAUCAGGAUCUUGGGAUUGCACGAUCAAGUUAUGGGAUCCAACUACUGGCGACCUCAAGCAUACCUUGUAUCACCAUACAAGCUGUGUUACCUCAGUGGCUUUCUCACCAGAUAGCCAGCGCCCGAUCCUAGCAUCAGGUUCUUGGGAUUCCACGAUCAGGUUAUCGGAUCCUAUCACUGGUGAUCUUAAGCAUACCUUGGAUGGCCAUUCAGAUGGAAUUGUCUCGAUCGCCUUUUCAUAUGAUCGCCAAAGCCCCAUUCUGGCAUCUAGCUCUAAAGAUUUCACUAUCAGGAUAUGGAAUCCCAUUACUGUUGGCCAUACGCAUACCUUGAACGGUCACAUGGCUCAAGCUCUGACAAUUGCUUUUUCGCCAAUUAGCAAUUUACUAGUAUCAGGGUCUGAAGAUGGUACCAUCAAGCUCUGA